CAACCUCCUCCAUUUACAAAGCUAGAAUGUCCUGCUGCUCUGCUAAACCUGCCACCAAGCCGACUGCUACCACCAUCUCAGAUGAGGAGAUCGUCAAAGUUGUCACCGAGUCGUACGGCGCUCGUGCGCUAACGGCUGGGACCGAUCAAGAAUAUGCCCAGAGUGUCGCCUCUGCCUUUGGCUAUACGGCCGAGGAGCUCCAAGCUAUCCCUGCUGAAGCCAACAUGGGUUUGAGCUGCGGCAACCCCACGGGGAUCGCCAACCUCAAGGAGGGAGAACGUGUCCUCGAUCUCGGAUCCGGAGGAGGCAUCGAUAUCUUCCUCGCUGCAGCCAAGGUCGGGCCUACGGGUCAAGCAAUCGGGCUGGAUGGAUCCACCGAAAUGAUAGCCCUCGCUCGACGCAACGCAGCAUCCAAGAAGCUCACCCCACCCCGCGUCGCCUUCGUCCACGCCAACCUCGAGAAGGAGCUCCCCAUCGAGGACAACUCGAUCGACUGUGUCAUCUCCAACUGCGUAAUCAACCUCCUCCCCACAGCUGGGAAGAAGCAUAUCUUCAAGGAAGUCAGCCGUGUCUUGAAGCCUGGUGGAAGGGUCGUCAUCAGCGACUUGGUAGCCAAGAAACCUCUCCCGGAAAAGGUCAAGUCUGACCUUGUUGCGUAUGUCAAUUGCAUCGCUGGAGCGGUUACCGAAGAAGAGUAUCGCCAGCACAUGGCUGACGCCGGGUUCAAAGAUAUCCUCUUCGUGGACAAGAAGAGCGACUUGAGCAUCUACUUCCAGGAUGACAGGUCCGGUGGAUGCUGCACAGGCGUCGAGGACAAGAUCGACAGCAACCGUCCUCAGAAGCCCGAUAUUGACAUGGACGAGUGGAUAGCCUCCUGCGAAAUCUACGCGUUGAAGCCGAAGACCGAUGCAGAAGUCACCAUCCCAGAAACCUCCCUGAAGAGAUGGUGGGACGCCUACCCAGCAGUCCAGUCUACCCCUCCCUCAUUGACCAAUGAUGAAGUUGCCGCUCUCGUUCGAUCUGGGGACAAAGACUUCGUCGUAGUGGACGGAGGCCAUGUCAGAGGUAGCGAACAGUGGCCUGCGCAGACCUUCUACGACGAAUUACCUGCCUUGCACGAGAAGCACAAGGACACCAAGAAAGUCAUCUUCUAUUGCCAGAGCUCGAAUGGACGUGGUCCUCGAUGUGCUGGAUGGUACCAGGACUACUUGAACAAGCAAGGCGUGGACGGGUCAACAUCGCAGGCUUACGUCCUGCAAGGAGGGAUCAAGGGUUGGCUUGCCAAGUUCCAAGAUCAAGAAGACCUCGUCGACAGGGAUUAG